GUGGCGCUGUAGAGCGGAAAAUUCAAAUCUAACGUUUUCUUUCUUUUUAGGGGAAUGUUUGUUAAGCGGUAUUAAUUUGCUAAGAUGAACGAAAAUUGUCUGAAUAUUAUCCUUCCUGACAAAGAAAAUGACAGGUCUAAUCCACCAGGGAAAAGAAGAUCUUCGAUACUUAAGCCAGUAUCAAGAGCACCUUUACAAGAACUGGAUUGCAAUAGUAAUAAAGACAAAGAAACUAGACGAUCAAGACGAGUCAGUUUUGCAGAUACUUGUCAGAUAAAAGAAGUUGUUUUUAGCCAUAGUGGUAUAACAGAAUUCAAUUUGACAAGAGAGAUUAAGGAUACGUCUGAAACACAAGGCCAUUCUCCUGAUGAAUUGCCUAUUUCACAACCAAGUGGAGAUGGUAAAUUUGUAAAUUCUAAAGAAGCCAAGUAUAAUGUUACAAAAAAUAUUCAAAAUUCUAUUGAAGUAUCCAAAUCAGUUAUAGAUCAACAAUCUCAUUCUGAAGGAAUUAUCAGUAAAGAUAAAUAUAACAAUAAUUGCAACAAUGUUGGAAUUAAUCUAGUAGAUGAAGUUAAUAUAUCAAAAUCUUAUGAAUAUGAUGGAAACCAAAACAAAACAUUAAUAUAUAGUCAGCAAGAUUUAAGCAUGACAUGUUUAGAAGACAUAGUAGAAACAUCAAGAGAAUCAUCAUCCAUAGUUCAGGAGCAAACUAAGUGCAGUAACAAAACAAUUAUUAACACCAUUGAGAUGGAUAUCACACACAUUCAAGCAGAUGUUGAAACUUUGCCAGAACAUUUUGAAGGAUUUUUUCAAAAUAAAGAUUAUAACAAACAAGAUGAAAAUGGGAAUAAAACAAUGAUUUUUAAUAAUGAAAGUUGUGUGAAUUUAGAAGAGACAAUGUGUGGCAAUGCAGUUGUUCAAGCAAGAAAUUUGGAUUCAUCUGUAAAGGAUGAAUAUCUAAAUGAAACAAAUGGAACUAUAAAUGCUACAAUCUAUUCAGAAAUAACCUGUGCAUCUUUAGCUGGUGUUCCUGAUAUUCAAAAAGAUGACGAUUAUAGUUUUAUUUCUAGAGAUAAAGAUGAAACAAACUUAGAUAAAUUUACUUCAGAUAUGGAAUAUGAAGAUGAUCGAUUUGGUAAUAGUAUUAAUAAAAGUCAAUAUGAAAACAGAAUAUUAUGUGAAAAAUUAAAAAUAAAUGAAUUUCAUGAAAACCAUAUUUUGGUAAAAGAUGAUGUGGUAAAUACACAAAAAAUGUUAAGAGAAGAUGCUAAAUUAGAAGAAAAAAUAUCAGAUAAUGCUCAAACUACUGCUAUUCAACCUACUUCAGAAGCAAAAUUUUUACAAAUUUGCAAAGAUACUAUAAAAGACAGACAAAAGACUAUUGGAAUAUCUCAGCUUGAUAAGAACACUGGAUUCAAUUGUAAUAGUAAUGAAUCAAAGCAUGAUAAAAAAAUUCUGGAUGACAAUUUUAAAUGUAAUUUAGAAACUGAUGAAGUUCAAAGUUUUGAGAAUUCUGGUAUUUCAGAAUUUCAUUUUGAAAUAGAUGAUAAAAAUAAAAUGGAAAAUCUAAUUGAACAAAAUACUGAACAAUCUGCAAUAAAUCUAUCGUUAUGUAUGUCUGAAAAUAAAACAAAAUUUUCUAACCAAGAAUUGGAUCUGAAAGAACAGAAACAUGAAAAAAAUUACAAAGAGAACAAUCUUCAAGAUAAAAAUAUUGAUAAUUUAACAAAUAUCACAAGUUGUAAAGAUAUAAACAAAUCUCAUAAAGAAAUUAUAGAUUUGCAAAAUGAUGAUAAUUGUGGUUCAAAUGUAAAAAUAGAUAUCAUAAAUGCAAAUGAAAAUUUAGAUGAGAGAAUGUCUAAUAAUGAUCAUUCAACACCAAUAGAAGGUGUUUUUGGUAACAUUCCGUAUCCAUCAGAUUUUAAUAGGAAGAGUUUGGUUGAGAUACAUCAAAAGAAAAUUGAUACUGAGGAGUUGCCACAAAGAUCAGUUAAAAGCAUUUUUGAUAAAGAGUAUCCAUCAAAUUUUAAAUGGAAAAGUUUGACAGCCAUCCAGCAAGAAACAAAUGAAAUUAAUGAGUUUUGUCCAAAAUUGAUACCGAAUGUGUGUUCUGAUGAAAGUACAAAUGAUGGAUGUGUGAUAGAGGAAACUUGUCAAAGUAUAAAAUUUCCAACUUGUUUUAAAUGGAGAAGUCUUUUAGCAGUGAAUGAAGAAAAACUGAAUGAGUUACCUAUAAAUUCAAGCAAAAAUAAUGGAUUACCGUUAAUAAAUAAUACUGUAAAUAAAGUAGAUAAAAAUGAUUCGUGUAAUUUCAGUUCAAAAAAUAUUACUAAAAACUCAAUUGAAGUUUCCAAAUGCAAAUCUGAUGAUAAAAGAUUUAAAGAAAAAACUGAUGUUUUACAUUCUUUCCAAUUGGAAAGAGAGGUACAAAAAGAUUGUGCAAAUUCUUCAAAAUUAAUGUUUGAGAAUGAUAAAUUUAAUUAUUUAUCUAGGAUAAGUGAUACAAAUGUCAAAAAACCUUUAGACAAAACUGAAAUAAAUAUUGAUGAAACAAUGAAUUUUACAAAAAAACUACCUGAUGUAUAUUUUGAAUGUUGUGAGCUUCCCAAUGAUGAUCAAUCAAAAGUAAUGCCUGAACAAUUUUAUAAAACUUUAAAUGUAACAAAGAUUUUUGAUGAUGAUGAUUUGAGUUUAACAAGACCCAUACCUGAUUUCUUGAAAAAUAGUUCUCCAAAAACUAUGGUAAUAGAUGAAACCACAAUUAUGCAGGAAUCUGACAUGAAAAUAAACAAAAGUUCACAGAAAUCUUUAAAUAGAACUAAAUUUAUUGAUGAUGAUAUGAACUUGACAAAUAUUAAAUCAUUUAAGUUAUUGGAUGGAAAUGUUUUACCUACUGAAAAAUAUGAAAUAAAUACAACAAUUUCAGCUGAUGUACUUUCAAAUUCAAAUGUAAUUAAAAAUUUGAGUGGGAAUAUGAACAAUAAGAAUACAAGAGAAAAUAUUGAAAAUUUUAUAGAUCACUCAAAUGAUGAUGAUAACUCAUUGACUGAUUCUGAUGCAUUACAAAACAAUGAAUAUAUUAACCAACAGUUACAAGAAAAAGUUAAUAAGUUAAAUUAUAAAAAGUCAUUGACUCAAACUUUAAAUUCAAAAUCAGAAGAGAAUAAAAGUAUGUUAUUGUGUGAAGAAGUCUAUGACAAGAUACAAAGCAAUUUGCAGUUGAUGUCAAAAGAAAACACUAUAGAUUUUGUUUGUGAUAAAAAACUUAUUGAUAGUGAGUCAUACCCUAAGAACAACAACAAUGAAAAUAAUUCAAAAUAUGAUAGUUACAGAAGUUUAAAUAAAUCAAAUGCAUUUUAUGAGGAAUCUAACAUAGCUGAAAAAGAAAAUUUAUCUUACAUAAAACGAAAAAGAAUUCAUGAUGAAAUAAAACUCGAUGCUUAUUCUAAUUUAAAAUUAUCAAACAAAAAACCAAAACUUGCUGAUUCUGCAGUUAGCUGUACUUGGAAAAUAAGUGCAAUUAAAAAAGCAGAUAAUGAAAGUCUGAAAGUAAAUGAAAGUAAACACUUGUCUGAUAUAAAUCAUUUCCAUUCAAGUGAAACAACCGAAUUACCUAAUCCAAAAUCAAAAAUCCCUGAAAAUGAACACAGUAAUAUUAGUUCUAAUGCAGAGAUGAUGGAUACUAACACAAAUUGUAAAAAUAAUGAAAGCAUAGAAUCAUAUAAUGAAUUAAGCCAACCAAUAGGAUUUUUUAAAGCAUUUGAAAAGGAUAGUGAUUCAAGCCAAGAUACUGUUACUCAGCCUUAUUCCCUACUGAAUAUGGUUCCGAUUAAACCGGUAAAGAAAAUAAAUCAAAACAUUUCUGAGAUGGAUGAUGAUUAUUUGCAUAAAAAGAACUCUGUAAGCAGAACUAGGUGUGAUGAGAAUAAUUUAUAUUCAUCAAAUACAGUUUUGCCUGAAAAGCAAAAUGUAGAAUUUUGUAAGAAAACAAAACUCUUGAAUAAUUUUGAGAAGACAUAUGAAAGUGAAGAAAAUCAGAAUUAUGUAACUAAAAAUGAGUCACACUUACAUAUCUCUGAAAGGAUUUUGAGUAGCAGCAGUAACUUUAAAGCUGUGAAUCAAUCAGCAGCUCUAUCAGAAUUAUCAAAAGAACAACAAAUUUCAUGUUCAGAAAUUGAUGAUAUUGAAAUAUCGCCUGUCAAAUUUGACCUUCAGAAAUCUCCUAACAUUUCUACUAAUAAUGACAGAGAUACUUUUAAUGUUACUGAUUUUAUAAAACAAAAUACUUGUAAUUUAUUUAUACCUAUGAGUUCAACUCAAAUCAUUAAUUUUGAUAACAACAUUACUUUCAAUAAAUCAGAAGUGGAGAGUAUUUUACCAUUAGAAGAAACAAGAAUGAGUGAAUGUCUUCAAUUAGGUGAAAUGGAUUAUUGUAAUGCUGUUGCAUCUCCUAAGCAAAGCACAAGAAAUAAUAAUGAUAAAGUUAAAGAAAUUGAUACACCUGAGAAAAAAAUUGAAAAUAUUCAGAGAUCAAAGGUUUUAGGUAUUAAUGAAACUUUUGUUAAAGUUCCAAUGGGAAAAAUUACUACUACAAAUUCAAUACAAUUAGAACUAGAUAAUGAUCUCACUAGAACUAAAAAUAUAUACAAACCUGAUAAAAUAAUUGAAAAUGUCAGAGAAUCAAAUGCUGAAGAAAGCAAUAAAACUUUUGAUAAGCUUGCAAUUGAAAAACUAGAUAUUAAUACUGCAAAUAAGAAUGAAGAAGCAAUGAAUAAAAGUAAAAAAGAUAUAAGCAGCAAUAGUAAAAUGAGUAAUAGAAUUGAAGAUAAAAUUUCUUUAAGACAGAAAGGUGAUGAAUCUGAAUUACAUUUGAACCAAAGCACAGUUUCACAAGUUGAAGUAAAAAAUAAUCAUAUCAUUGAAGACAGUUUACAAGCUAACCGUGUUAAUGAAACUAGACGUGAAAUUUCUAAAAGAACAUUUAUUAACUGUGAUGCAGUUUUCGAACAGAAUGAUGUAACUACUAAUAAAAAAAUUAGAUUAACAGAAUCUGUAUGUUCAACGACAGCAAUUAUUGGAAAUUCUAUUGUUGAUAACUGUAACAAAGAAAUAACUAAAUCUGAAGAGGCAGUUGUUCUGCCAAGAAAGAGUGAUUUUGAUAAGGUAGAAAGAGAAGAAAAAGAAAUAAAGAAUGAAACUUUACUAAUGAAUAAAAUGGAACAAUGUAUUUUUUGUAAUCCAAGUAUUUCAAAAACUUUUCUUGGAAACUUGACAAAAAAUUGUUUAAAUGAAAAUGGAGAUCAACUAGAACAUGAUUCAUCAUGUUGUAAUAAAAGAUCAGAAGAUGAAUGUGUACAGCUUUUACAAGAGGAUUCAGUGACCGAAAUUGAAAAUGAAGAUGAUAAUCUUAACGGCAGCCAUACAAAUAAUUUCAGCUCCUCUGGAGAAAGAGAACCAUUACCAGCUUCACCAAUUCCAUCACCACCACCAUUGCCACCUCCACCAGCAAAAAUGUCAACCAUUCGAAAACUACGUGAUGAAAUUAACAGCUUUUACAGGUACAUAACAUUAGAUAUAUCUCUGGUUUUUAUUAUUGUUUUCCUAGAUUCAUGAAAAUCUUACUAUUCA